GAGAGAGGUGUCCGACGUGCCCUCCACUUCGCCGAGGUACUGAACCACGAGCACAUCGUACAGUGCUGUGGGCUGUGGGAGGACGAGCAGGCGCUGUACAUCGUGGAGGAGUAUGCCGUGAAGGGGGACUUGCUGCAGGACUCCUUAUCGCAUCCAGAGAAAUACUCUGAGGCCUUCAUGGCGACCAAGGUGGUCAAGCCCCUGCUGGACGUGCUCGCGUACCUGCACGCGGCAAACGUCGUACAUCGUGCCAUCUUCCCCGAGUACGUCAUGUUUGGACGAGAAGACAAGCUCAAACUGGGCCACUUCACGAGCGCCAUAGACCAGCGGAUGGACCCGCCAACGGAGCGGAUACCCUUCCUGGAUUACAUGGCACCGGAGAUGCUGUCUUGGCAAGACCACUACAACGAGAAGGUCGACCUAUGGCAGGUGGGCUGUCUGGUGCACGAAAUCCUGUGUUUCAGUCUUCCCUUUGAAACGGAGGAUAAGCUGCUCGCGAGCGCGCUCAUUCUCUGGGCCGACAUCGUCUCCUUCCCGGACCACCUCUCCCCCGAGUGCCACGACUUCAUGCGGGCGUGCCUCACGAAGAACCCCGUAGAGCGACCCUCGGCCGCCGAGCUGCUCCAACACCCCUGGAUC